CAUAGCAGUAUAAUUAUGCAUGGUGCAUUAUGAUGACUGUGUGUGUGUGUGUGUGUAGGUUGAAUGUGGUAUUCUCAAUCUUGCUGGGGCCAAAGUCCAACACACAGAGGCCAACAAGACCAACGCCAACACCUUCUCCAUCUGUACAAAGCACAGAGGUCUGUUGUUUCAGACGAAGGAGAGAGAACUCUCGGACUGGAUAUAUGCCAUGGACCCUCUCCUUGCUGGCUCACUCAAGUCAGCGCCUUAUAACGUCUCAGCUCAGUUCUAAGAAGAAGAACAGCGUGUCUUGACACACAAAUAUCAAACAGAACCACCGGUACACAUUUUCAGACAACAUAAUAAUAUUAUCUUCACCAGCCACGCGCACCACUGUUUAAUUGGUACAGGUAUAUAUAAUAAGAUUUAUUAUCGGUCGUUUGUAUAGAAUCACACUUUCACUCUGGCAAUCAACUUUUAUUUUUGUUCUCUCAGAUUGUUUUAUGUUCACAGUCAACGUGCUCUUUGCACUACCAGCAGCUGUUUUUUGUCGUCAUCAUCACAUUAUAAUUUAUUUGCUUAUCUCACGCGGUUGUUUGCAUUAUAAUAAUAAUAAUAUAGAAAACUCCCGUUUUGGUUUGCAUCGAUAAUGUGUACAAUUUUCACGUGAG